CGCCAGCGGCAUAAGUACGCAGACACCAAGACGCUCCUCUGGUCAAUCCUCGACAGCGUCGUCACCGAAGGCACUUUCGCCACCGGCGACCAGCUCCCCGAUGCCUUCCCACCCUCGCUGCUGCGCGUCGACGGCGUCGGCCGCAUUGCCUUUCCGCUGUGCCCCGAGCAAGCCGUGACGCUCAAGGCCGCCUGCAGCAUCUCGCCAUUUGGCCGUGGUCACGACACGGUCAUUGACACCAACGUCCGUCGCAGUGUCGAGGCGCCCGCCGACAAAGUGCACUUGUCGCCAGCGUGGACGGCCGCCGUCAACCAGUUGGCCAUUGACGCGUGCGAGAAGCUCGGUCUCUCGUUCGCUGUCGACGCGCACUUGUACAAGCUGCUCUUGUACGAGGCGGGCGACUUUUUUCUCGAGCACCAGGACACGGAGAAGGAGCCGGGUAUGUUUGGGACGCUGCUCGUCCAGCUUCCGGCGGAGCACACGGGCGGUCACUUGGACGUCCGGCACCGAGGCCAGACGAAGCGAUUUGGUUUGGACGGUCCCGCGAGCGCGGACGCGCUGCAUUAUUGUGCUUUCUUUGCCGACGUGCACCACGCCGUGGCGCCCUUGACGUCAGGCCACCGUCUCGUGCUGACGUACAACCUCGUGCGUCGUGGGGCUACUGGCAAUGUCGCGAUUCCAAGCAACGCGGAGGCCGUAGAGCGCGCCAAGGCGGUCGUGACUACGUGGACGUCGGCACCCAACAAGCUCGUGCUCGACCUGGACCACGUGUACACUAGCGUGAGCGCCACGUUUGCGACGCUCAAGGGCAAG